UUGUGCUGAAGAAGCGAAAAAUUGAUAAUCAAUCUCAUCAAAUCAUAAGACACCCCUAUAUUCUUUCGCCAAACAACAAAAGAAAACCCUCCCAAGGGUUUACAUCCAUUUGGAGGAAUUGCUUUAUAACCGACCCACUAGUUGGUGCGACGUGCGCUCUCUUCCGUACAUUCCUACACGGCCGAAACAUUCACGAUGAUUCGCUUCAUUCUGAUACAGAACCGUGCGGGCAAGACGCGGCUCGCCAAAUGGUACAUGAACUUUGACGAUGACGAAAAGCAGAAAUUGAUUGAGGAGGUGCACGCCGUGGUGACGGUGCGUGACGCAAAGCACACAAACUUUGUCGAGUUCCGGAACUUUAAGAUCGUGUACCGUCGGUAUGCCGGACUGUACUUCUGCAUCUGUGUCGAUGUGAACGACAACAACCUGUGCUAUCUGGAGGCGAUUCACAACUUUGUCGAGGUGCUAAACGAGUACUUCCACAACGUGUGCGAGCUGGAUCUGGUGUUUAACUUCUACAAGGUGUACACGGUCGUGGACGAGAUGUUCCUGGCGGGUGAAAUCCGCGAAACAUCCCAGACGAAGGUCCUCAAACAGCUGCUGACGCUGAACUCGUUGGAAUAAGCAAAACGUAGGUGUUUAAUUGUUAGUUAUUGCUGCUGUUUCUUCUCCGUGCUGGCUCAUCUACAUCAUUGCGGUAAGGGGUCGGGAGACCGGGAUGUAAAGGUGAAAAUACGUUAUGAUACGUUAGAUGCCUGGUCUCCACUAUCGGCUUACAAAGCGUGUUUAUCUACUGCCGAUAAUGUUUCGAAGUCACGUACCGCAAAGCAUUCCAAAAAGUUGAUUAGAAGUUUGGCCAGCAAACGAACUGUUGUUGAACAACUUGUGCAAAGCCAUAUUUUAGGAAUUUCCUGCAAAAAACCGCUUCAAUCGUCCCCAUCUGCAUGCAUGCUGGAUGGGUCAGCUUUUGAGUUACAGCUUCACGUUUUCCGUACCGUUGUUCGAAUCGGAUGAUGAAUGGUGCACCAUUUUCAUGUGUAAAAUCGAACGUUCAUCGUCGCUUAUCACCUAAUCUGUAUGAUAUACGCCACGGAACACUCUUCCUUCGGUGGGAAGCAAACCAUUAGGAAAAAAGCAAAACAAAACAAUAUUCGUGUAAAGAAGAAGUUUUCCGUUCGUUUUGAGUUACACCUAUAGGGAGCUGUGCGACGAAGAAGAGCGCAGUUGGACGAUAUUUCUGGGCAAAAAGUGCAACUAACGCCAGUUGCGCGUGGCUGCACGACACUCAACCAAAAUGCGAAGGUUUAAAUUAAUGGAAACUAUUGCAUAUAACGAAAAGUAAGACAAAUAUUAUAGUAAUAUUACUAUUAUGGUAUAUAUUAACGAAAAUGAUCUGUAUUGCGUAGUAAUCGAAUAAACAGAGUA